GGUGUGCAGGCUGCAGAGAGGUGCAUGCGGCAUGCAUGCCAUGCAUGGCACACACAGCAUGCAGAGAAACGAGUGAACAAUGUGGCUGCUGCGGAUCUCCGAAGGAUGACAAGACAAAAGCGUUCAGAAUGUCUUAUAAAAAUUUCGAAAACCAAGGAGCUACCAUUACCGCAUGUUGUUGAACGGACAAGUCAUACCUACUUGUCUUGUAGUAGUGCUGUUUUUGUCUGAAGGACUUGUGUCCGCGAAAACAUGGACAAGUCUUCCGCCCUAGUAUUUUUGACCCGGCUGACAGUGUUGUUAUCAUUCGGGGCGAAUGUGCGUGGUUCCCCCGUGUAUUCGUUUGUAAACAGUGAUGAUGGAGCCGGAGACAACUCGACCCUCGUUGGGAAGCAAGAGUUGCAUGGAGUCGGGAACACUUCUGCCGUCCAUUUACAGUUAAUCCAGUGUACAGAUUACCAUGGGCUCAACGCAUCUCUACAGUGUGAGUUUAUCCGAGCCACCAACGACUGUCGCAUUGAUGAUGGAUUCAUUAACUAUCUGGAAUUUUCUCACUGUGCUUUCCCACAUCAGCUUUUACCGCUUGCGCUUUUCAUUCUGUUUGUCUGGCUGAUUUUCCUGUUUGUUUCAUUGGGAAUAACUGCAGAAGAUUUUUUCUGUCCUGCGCUGACUGCUAUCUCUAAGUCUAUGAAGUUGAGCCAGAACAUAGUCGGUGUUACAUUCCUUGCGUUCGGUAACGGAGCCCCUGAUAUCUUCAGUGCAGUUGCAGCCAUCACUAAUGCCAAGAAUGGAGAUGCUGGUCUUGCUAUUGGUGCUUUGUUUGGUGCUGGUGUCUUUGUCACCACAGUGGUCACAGGCUCCGUCUCUAUAGCCAGGCCCUUUGAACUAGCUCAGAGACCGUUUUUAAGAGAUGCAAUUUUCUACGUUGGUGCAGCCUUUUGGACUUUUUAUAUUUUGUACACGGGAGAAAUAUGGACUGCAGAAGCUGUAGGAUUUAUCCUGCUCUACGUUGGUUAUGUUUUAGUCGUUCUGAUUGGUCGGAAAUUGUACCAAACAAAGUUGAAACCUAAAGUAGUACGCCUCAGGCCGACUGUCUCCAUUGGGACUAACCAGGAUUUUUCUGAAAAUGAAGGAUAUUCAUCUUCGCCAGAAACAGAUGGUUUUGGGUACGGAGCUAUCUCGCAGUAUGUUGGUGACAGAUAUAAACCUCAAGACACUACAAAGGUGCCACAUCAUCCCACAGGCAUUUCAGAGGCGUUGUUAGACACUGAACAAGUCGUCUGCGCAUCACUUCUGGGAGAGCAGAAUACAGCCAUUGCUGGACAGAAUGGUCUUCCAGAUUUUACCAGGCAGUACCGUCCAAGUGAUGAAAGCAGUGGUAAUCAACCUUUAUUAGACGGAGAUAGUGAUGAGGGAAGUGAGACUGGUUGUGCAUGGAAGUGUCUGGUAGGCUUCUGGGAUGAGGUCAAUUGCCUACUACGAGGCAUCAACCCCAUUGGUGUUGAAGACUGGAAAGAUAAAUCUGUUGUCGGCAAAAUUUAUGAAAUAUUCAAGUCUCCGCUCCAGCUGUUACUUCAAUUGACAGUCCCGAUUGUGGACCACACUGAAGACAAGCACGGUUGGAAUAGACUCCUCAACUGUCUGCAACUUAUCAUUGAUCCACUGUUUUGUUUACUUGUUACAAAGAAUAUAUCCAGGGUGCUGAUAGGUAACUUCUACUUAUGGCAGCUCUUGUUGGGCGUAGGAUUUAUUUUGGCACUAAUUGUCUUCCUGACUUCCAAGGCUGACCGGCAGCCCAUUUACCACUGUGUAUUUGCAUAUGUUGGAUUUAUUGUGUCAGUGCUUUGGAUCUACUCCACAGCUAAUGAGAUUGUUAAUCUCUUACAGAUGUAUGGCUCUGUUUUUCACCUGAGUAAUGCAGUUCUAGGUUUGACGUUAUUAGCUUGGGGUAACAGUAUAGGAGAUUUAGUCUCUGACGUGACAGUGGCCAAGCAGGGAUACCCCAGAAUGGCUGUCGCUGCAUGCUUCGGUGGACCCCUCUUCAAUAUGCUUUUAGGUAUCGGGAUCUCAUGUACUAUAGCAUGCAUCAAAAAUGGUGGUACCUUCCAUCUAAGUACGAACACACUUCAGUUUGUCCUGUCUGGAGGUCUGGCUGCCAGCCUCUUCUUCUCCUUGUUCUUCAUGGUGGCAACCCGGUUCCAUGCUAGUCGAGUAUAUGGGAUCUGUCUGUAUGUUUUGUACUUCGUCUUUCUUGCGGUCGCUAUUCUCACUGAGACAAGGGUCAUCAAAUGGUGAUACACAAAGGUACAAUUAUAACUAAAUGUUUUAUUUUUUUGAUGAACACAAAUUUAUAUUUUUUGGAAAUUUUAUAAUGGUUUGUUUCUUAUUUGAUGACAGCUUUUAGUGGUUGUUAAAACCACUGGACUAUAUUGGUAAUUACUCAAAGUAAUUGCUAGCAUAAAACAUUGUGAGAAACAAUGUAUAUAAAAUGUACUCUUCGAAAAAGAGGUAUUUUAUCACUCAAAUAUAAAAAGACUUCAGGCUUGAAGCCUUUUCUGAAAGCAUUAUUAAUACUGUUUUUUGGACAAUUACUACAGGUGUCCAUUGCCUUUAGCACUGUUGGUUAUCAAUUGAUGUUGAUGGAAAACAACUCCCCAAAGCAAGAGAGAAUUGUACUCUUGUCAGUUUGAAAUGUUGAUGUUGCAUAGCAAUGCAAUUGUCACAUGUGUUCGUAUGGGCUCCAGUUUUAAAUUAUCACAUUGCGUACUUUGGUACUUUGUUACUAUGCUUUUGCAUUAAGAGACAAUAGUAAAUGUUUAACUUAUAUGAAUUUAUUCUAUUUUCCCAGUGAAGUAGUGCAUUUAAAAUCAAGUGUGUAACGAACAUUGUCUAUUUUUUAUAUGGGCAGCAAUUAAAUGUAUUUGAUUCAUAUAUCUUUUAUAUUAGAUUGUAUAUAUAACAGUAACUAUUCUAUCGCAAAAUGCUGUGUAUUCAAAAAUGCAUUCCUAACUCAAAAUGAGGUUGAUGUAAAUUUAAAUUUUGAACAAUGUAUUAUUGACAAACUAUUUUUGAUAAAGAUUAAUCACUACUAUUUCUAUUUUAAGUUUAUGUUUUUAAUUCUUUUCAGUUUUUUUUUAAUGGUAAUCGCAAUUCUUGUCAGUCUCUUUUAAUAGUAAUCGCAAUAUGUUUAAUAUAUUGAUUCUCGUGUACAAUCUGAUUGGCAAGCCAUGCCUAGUUCACACAAGCUGGCUCCACCUAUUACAAAUUGGCGACUAUCAUAAAGCCUGGUUCAUACUUCCUGCGAAUGCGAAUGCGAUACAAAUGUUGACGCCACAAAUUCGCAACGAAUAAUUCACCGGAGCCUUGCUCAACUCUCUUACGAAAAUGGCAACGAAGGCAGAGUUGUGAUGUCCAAUUCAUGUCAUUUUCGCAUCGCAUUCGCAUUCGCAGGAUGUAUGAACUGGGCUUUACGGCAAAGCUCCAUUAAAGAAAGUUGUUAGAACAAAAACAUCCUUUUCAUCUGACAACUAACACCUGUUAUCUCGAUGCAUUUCCUUUAAUUCCUAACAGUGAAUUUACAGUGGGUCUGCUGACUGCCUUAGGCAAAUUAACUGCUUAUUCAUUAAGUUUAAUGAACCUGUUGAAAUGAUAAUACAUUAAUGCAAAUGCUGGC